AUGGCGAGCCUCCUACGUGUUGUGGUGGCCAGCUGCUCGGCCCCUGUGUUCAGCGGUGUUUCCUGUGUGAAGCUGCAGCGCGGCGGUGGCAUCAAAUCCUCCUGCCUUCGCUUUUUCCAGACACAUCAAGCGCUCGGUCGAUGUGCCAGUCCAGGUAUUCCCUACAAACAACUCACAGUCGGUGUACCCAAAGAAAUCUUCCAGAAUGAACGUCGUGUGGCAAUUUCUCCCGCUGGUGUCCAGGCGCUCAUCACAGGCUUCAACGUCGUCGUGGAGUCUGGAGCCGGAGAGCCUUCCAAGUUCCCUGACGAGCAGUACACCCAGGCUGGAGCAACAAUUAAAGACAUUAAAGAUGUCUUGGCAUCUGAUGUGCUGGUCAAGGUCCGUGCUCCCGUUUUCAACCCCGACUUGGGUGUCCAUGAGGUGGAGAUGAUGAAGGACGCGGCCACUUUAAUCAGCUUCAUCUACCCGGCUCAGAACCCUGAGCUGAUGGACAUGCUGUCCCAGAAGAAGGCCACCGUCCUGGCUAUGGACCAGGUGCCCCGAGUCACCAUCGCCCAGGGUUUCGAUGCACUGAGCUCUAUGGCAAACAUUGCAGGGUACAAGGCAGUUGUGCUGGCAGCCAACAACUUUGGUCGCUUUUUCACUGGACAAAUCACAGCAGCUGGGAAAGUGCCACCUGCAAAGGUUCUGAUCAUUGGAGGUGGCGUGGCUGGAUUGGCAGCAGCUGGUUCUGCCAGGUCCAUGGGAGCUAUUGUCAGAGGAUUUGAUACCAGAGCUGCAGCUUUGGAGCAGUUUAAAUCUCUGGGCGCAGAGCCGCUGGAGUUGGAUUUUAAAGAGUCAGGAGAGGGACAGGGAGGCUACGCCAAGGAAAUGUCAAAGGAGUUCAUAGAAGCAGAGAUGAAGCUGUUUGCCAAACAGUGUCAGGAGGUCGACAUUGUCAUCACCACUGCUCUUAUCCCCGGUAGGCGUGCACCCAUCCUGAUCACCAAACCAAUGGUAGAGAGCAUGAAAGAUGGGUCAGUGGUGGUGGACUUGGCUGCUGAGGCGGGAGGAAACAUUGAGACCACAGUACCUGGAGAGCUGUCGUUACACACGGGAGUGACGCAUAUCGGCUACACAGACCUGCCCAGCCGUUUGCCGACACAGUCCAGCACUCUGUACUCCAACAACAUCACUAAGUUGAUGCGGGCCAUCAGCCCCGACACGGAGAACUUUUUCCUCAAUGUCAAGGAAGCGUUUGACUACGGGACCAUGGAUCAUGUCGUCAGGGGAUCCGUUGUCAUGCAGGAUGGAACAAACCUGUUCCCCGCUCCCCAGCCUAACAAUGUGCCCACUGCAGCUCCUCCUAAACCCAAGUCUGUCCAGGAACUAAACAAAGAGAAGGCUGCACAAAUCUCCCCCUUCAAGGCCACACUCACUACUGCUGGCAUGUACACUGGAGGUGCUGCCACCCUGCUGGGUCUGGGUCUGGCGGCUCCUAACGCCGCCUUCACUCAGAUCGUCACCACCUUCGGUCUGGCUGGCAUCGUGGGAUACCACACAGUGUGGGGAGUCACUCCUGCUCUGCACUCUCCACUCAUGUCUGUCACCAACGCUAUCUCAGGUCUGACGGCUGUGGGUGGUCUGUCCCUGAUGGGAGGCGGCUACGCCCCAACAACUACUGCCGAUACCCUGGCUGUGCUGGCUGCCUUCAUCUCCUCAGUCAACAUUGCUGGUGGUUUCAUGGUCACUAAGAAGAUGUUGGACAUGUUCAAGCGUCCCACUGAUCCUCCAGAGUAUAACUACCUUUAUCUGCUUCCUGCUGGUGUCUUUGUCGGUGGCUAUGGUGCUGCUCUGCAGGCUGGAUACAACAUUGAACAGAUAAUGUACUUGGGCUCAGGACUGUGCUGUGUCGGUGCCCUGGCCGGCCUUUCCAACCAGAAAACAGCCCGUCUGGGUAACACUUUGGGUAUGAUGGGAGUCAUGGGGGGAAUCGUUGCGACUCUGGGUGCCCUCAAACCGAGUCCUGAGCUCCUGGCACAGAUGAGUGCAGCCAUGGCUGUGGGUGGUACUACUGGCCUGGUCAUUGCUAAGAAGAUCCAGAUCACUGAGCUGCCCCAGCUGGUGGCUGCCUUCCACAGCUUGGUGGGAAUGGCUGCCGUGCUCACCUGUGUGGCUGAGUACAUGAUCGAGUAUCCCCACUUCGCCACUGACCCUGCAGCCAACCUCACCAAGAUAGUCGCGUACCUCGGCACCUACAUCGGUGGAAUCACUUUCAGUGGCUCUCUGGUGGCAUAUGGAAAACUGCAAGGUUCUCUGAGCAGUUCUCCCCUGAUGCUCCCUGGUCGUCAUGCUCUGAACGCCACUCUCAUGGCCGCCUGUAUUGGUGGGAUGAUUCCCUACAUGCUGGAUCCCAGUUACACCACAGGCAUCACCUGUCUCGCUUCUGUCUCAGCUCUCUCCGCUGUCAUGGGUGUAACCUUGACAUCAGCUAUUGGAGGCGCUGACAUGCCGGUGGUUAUCACAGUACUGAACAGUUACUCAGGCUGGGCCCUGUGUGCCGAGGGCUUCCUGCUCAAUAACAACCUGCUGACCAUCGUCGGAGCUCUCAUCGGGUCGUCUGGAGCCAUUCUGUCGUACAUUAUGUGUGUGGCCAUGAAUCGUUCACUGGCUAACGUGAUCUUGGGAGGCUACGGCACGACUUCCACCGGUACAGGAAAGCCCAUGGAGAUCACAGGGACACACACGGAGGUCAACGUGGAUCAGACCGUUGAGAUGAUUAACGACGCUCAGACCAUAAUCAUCACUCCAGGUUAUGGACUCUGCGCUGCAAAGGCCCAGUACCCCAUCGCUGAGUUGGUGAAGAUGCUUCUGGAAGCUGGCAAGAAAGUCAGGUUUGGCAUUCACCCUGUGGCGGGACGUAUGCCUGGUCAGCUCAAUGUGCUUUUGGCUGAAGCUGGUGUCCCAUAUGAUAUUGUCUUUGAAAUGGAAGAGAUUAAUGAAGACUUCAGUGAAACGGACCUGGUCAUGGUGAUCGGUGCCAAUGACACAGUAAACUCAGCCUCCCAGGAAGAUCCCAACUCUAUCAUUGCUGGUAUGCCUGUGCUGGAGGUCUGGAAGUCUAAGCAGGUGGUUGUGAUGAAACGUUCCCUGGGUGUGGGAUACGCUGCUGUUGACAACCCCAUCUUCUACAAGCCCAACACUGCGAUGUUGCUAGGCGACGCCAAGAAGACUUGUGACGCCCUGCAAGCCAAAGUCCGCGAAUCCCAGAACCAGUAAGGCGGACACCUCCAGUCGGAGCACACAUGGAGCGAGGAAGGUCCAAGACAAUGAGUCAAAAGUUUUUCCAAAAAUAUCUCCACAUUAAGAUGAUCGUUGUCCAAUUGUGACUCAGCGAAUUCAGCAAAGAUGAUUUUAAAGGUUUUGGCACGCCCUUCCUAUCGUCUAUAAAUGAAAGAAAGAUUGCAAAGAAAAUACGCUUGUGCAGUAGGAGCCAAGCAAUGCAGAUAUUGUAGUUUCUCUCUUAGUGCUCCCACUGUGGUAAUGUACAGGCAUGUCUUUUAUCUCUAGAUAUUAAAGGAAGGGUGCGUCAACAAUCUGCAUGUGGUCUGUGUAAUCUAGGGAGCAACAGACGGUGUCAAUAUUCAUAUUAAUGUGAAAACGAUAAACAGAAAUGUAGAUGCAUUAGGAAAUUAGAUAUGUUCAAUUUAUCUUGAGAUAUUUUAGGAAUUAUUCAAUAGUUGAAGGAGAUUUUAGAUGAAUUGGUAUUAACAAAGGAACAAAAGCAGAGACGUAAAGGUGAAACCCAAAAGAAAGCGCACAAAAGCAACUUACCCUGGUGAGUUUCCUUUAUCGUGUCCCCUUGAUGGCUCUUUGCUAAUCAGACGCUAAUGUCACACCUUCUUUUUCUGUACAAGUAAGAAGAAAAAAAGCAGAAUAGUGCAACAUUUUUGUAGAGUUCUUUCAGUUCCAGUUUUAUACGGUAUUGAGAGCUUUUUGUAUUUGGUCUAAUAAUUAUCAUUAUCAAUAAUGAUUAUUAUUAUAAAACAUUAAAAAAAAAUCACUUUUUCAGAAGUCAGAGCCACUUAUAGAAAAUCUAGUCAUUCUAUUUGCUUUUUUUCUUUUCACUUGCGCUCAUGUCUUGUGAACUCCACCUUUUGCCUCUAGGGCAGCAGUCACACACGGGUCCAAAAACAUUAAAGAUCCAUUCACACCUCGUCUAUGAAGCAUUUAAACCAAAUGGAUCUGACUUGAUACCACAGCUGUCAUGUAAUGCUAGUAAAGACUGUACUACUCCUACAAACAAUCACUCUUGUAGCUCAAUGGCUUUUAUGAUGUUUUAGAACCAGGUGCAUCACAUCAUGCUGGGUGGUUCUGAUGUUACAGUGCAUGUGAUGCUAGCCUUUAUGGUAAAGAAGGGUGUGGUGUUGUUUUUUUCUUGUGAAUGUGGCUCUACUCCAAUAUGUGUGUCCUCAUUAUGUUUCUAGAGGGAAAUGAAGGAUCACUGUUUGUAAACUAGGGGCACAUGUUAACCUGACUGUUGUGUAAAGAGUCUAAAGCAACAUUCAAUUCAUUCAAUUUGUUCGCCACAUUUCAGAAUACAUGAAUUGUUCAACAUUAUUAUUAUUAAGUAUUGAAAUAGUCCUUUACUUCCUUUGCCAUGAAUUUAAGAAUGUGCCAAAGUUUCAAUUUCACACUCAAUCUGGAUACAUGUUACGGCACAAAUAUAGAUUGAGUUGAUCACUGUAUAACCACUUGAGUAAUUCUUGAACGAUCAUGGACAAAAUGACAAUAGCUCUCACUCCACAUCUAACUAAUAACUAAAAACACCAGGAACUUUGUCCAUCAAGUUUAAAGUGUUUGCUGCCAUCAAUUGUAUUACUUCCCUCUUCUGUUUUGAUGGUCAUGAUACAGUAGCUGAAUUGGAAAUAAGUUUUCCUGUUGCAAGGUUUGAGGAACAAAAUGGUCUUUAGAUGACAGGCCAGCAGUCAUCGAUGCUUGUACAAUCUCUACUCGUACUGUAAGAAGUUAGUAGUAGUUGUUUCACCCCGGGACCUGAUGCAUUGACUAGGACGACUCUCCUACCUCUCCAUAAAACGACCAAUAACUUUCCAGAGGACACAAAUCUGACCAAUCACCUUUUGACUGAAUCUACCACAGGAUUUCUAAUUUCCAUCAGCAUACCUUAAUUCAACCAAUCAGCUCUCGUGUAUCCUAAAACUGACCAAUUGCCUUCUGUUAUGUGUUCUUCUCACGUUGUUAACCAUCAGACCUCAGUUUGCCGCCGGCUAGUUUAUCGUAUGUUAUGCAAGUGUAGAGCUGCAGAUGUCAUUAGCGCUCAUGAGGGUUAUUGUUCUUCCAUGUCAAUUUACACAAAUGCAGUCUUUAGGGACGGUUGGAUUAAGAUGUUUGCUUACUAUUUGUAGCUUUUUGACAUUUUUUAGAUGAUCAAAUUAAGGAAGAUGGAGAAUAUUAAUAUUUUUGCCUAUGUGCCCUCCUAUGCCCCUUUUUUCGUCUUCUUAAGGAAAGUAUUUUUGUAAAAGGCAGCGUAUUUGUGCAGAGCAAAAAUGGGGUUUUGAAGUUGUACAAUGUGUCAAUGCACCGUGUUAGAGAGAUGAAAUGUACUGUGAAUGUUUUUCCUCUUGUUUAUCAUGGAGCAUUUUCAUCCCUAAUAAACCUGUAUUUACACUAGAA